AUGAGCAUCGAUGUGUUUGGACGUCGAUUGGUCCACGCAGAAGCAGCUCGUGGACCGCCAGGACUAGGAUUCAAGCUGACUAGUAAUGGAGAUUUUGAUUUAGAGAAUCGAAAACUGUGUAAUGUAGCUAAUGCUAUAGAGCAAUAUGAUGCUGUAAAUCUAGAGUCUGUGAAAAAGUUGAUAAAACAAAGAGCUGACAAAAUUGUCGAAGAUUCCCAGACUACUAAGAGUGUGUUAAAUAAUAAAGUUACGAAAAUUGACAUGAAAGUAGGAGUAGUGGAGGAACUUCAUAAACCUGCCAGGCGUAAUUAUCCACGUCGUUCUUUUCUCGUUAAAGAUAUUGACGAAACUUGGCAAGCAGAUCUUGUUGAAAUGAUUCCAUAUGCUAAGCAAAACAAAGGUUUCAAGUACCUGCUCACUGUCAUUGACGUAUUUUCAAAAAAGCCAAACAUUAAUCUGUUUAAAGGAGCUAAAUUUAAAGUUGGAGAUAAAGUACGCGUAAGCAGAAACAAGGAGGUUUUUGAUAAAGGCUAUACGCCCAAUUGGUCAACUGAAGUCUUUACAAUAACGCGAGUUUCACCUACAGAGCCCUACACUUAUCAUCUCAAGGAUUAUCAAGACAAGCCAAUAGCCGGAGGAUUCUACAAGGAAGAACUUCUCAAGACGAAAUAUCCAGAUGUCUAUUUGAUUGAGAAAGUUUUGAAAAAAAGUGGUAAUAGAGUUUAUGUAAAAUGGUUAGGUUUUGACAAUACUCACAACAGUUGGAUUAAUAAGAAUGAUAUGUAG